CCCGAGUUCCAGCGGUCGAAGGCGGAAGUAGAAGAGGAGUUCGGCACCGCUGCUUGGCCUGCUGCAGUGUUUCACAUAGUGCCCAGCACAUAGUAUGUGCUUAUUAAAUGUUUAUUGACUGACUGAACUGCGUCUUAAGGGAAGCCGUGGAAGCCAAGGAGAGUCAAUCCAGUCUGAAUCAUCCUGUCGUGCAAGGACACCAGGACAAGGGAAUGUGGCAUGGUGGCUCACAGAUGAGCCACUAAUGAGGCUCACAGAUGUUUCACGGUGAUGAUAUGGCAUCUGCUAGCUCCAGCAGGGCAGGGGUAGGCCUGCCUUUUGAGAAGUCUCAGCUUACUUUGAAAGUGGUGUCAGCAAAGCCCAAGGUGCACAGUCGCCAGCCUCGCAUUAACUCCUUUGUGGAGGUGGCAGUGGAUGGGCUCCCCAGCGAGACGAAGAAGACGGGGAAACGGAUUGGGAGUUCUGAGCUGCUCUGGAAUGAAAUCAUCAUCUUGAAUGUCACCGCACAGAGCCACUUAGAUCUGAAGGUCUGGAGCUGCCACACCCUGAGAAAUGAGUUACUGGGCACUGCGUCCGUCAAUCUCUCCAACGUGUUGAAGAACAACGGGGGGAAGAGUAAGUAUGAUGAGGGAACGACCGAAGUGCUUCCGAUGAACGACAUCAUGGGCAGUUACCAAGUGGAGAACACACAGCUGACCCUGAACCUGCAGACAGAGAACAAAGGCAGCGUUGUCUCAGGCGGAGAGCUGACAAUUUUCCUGGACGGGCCAACUGUUGAUCUGGGAAGUGUGCCUAAUGGCAAUGCCGUGACAGACGGAGCACAGCUACCUGGCAGAGAGCCCAGUGGGACAGCUCCUUCAACUGAGGCACGGCACCAGCCACCCAGCACCAACUGCUUUGGAGGUAGAUCCAGGACACACAGGCAUCCUGUUGGACCAACCAGAGCCACAGCAAAUGUUGAACAGAGCCCCAAUAGUAGGAAUCGGCACCGGCAGCCAGCCAAGAGUCAGAACCAUAGCAGCUUGGCCAAUGGGACAGUGAAUGGAGAGUCUGCAACAGCCACUGAUCCUGAAGAACGGCCCGUGGUUGGGGUGACUUCCCCGCCUGCUGCAGUGUCAAGUGUGACCCCUAACCCCGGGGCUACCUCUCUCCCAGCCACGGCAGAACCCAGGGAAGGGGAGGAGCCGGCUUCCAGCGUGGCUGCCCAGCAACCCCUCGCAGCAGCACAGACUUCGGAAACACUGCCUCCUGGAUGGGAACAACGAGAGCUGCCCAAUGGGAGGGUCUAUUAUGUUGACCACAAUACGAAAACGACUACCUGGGAAAGGCCCCUUCCUCCAGGUUGGGAAAAGCGUGUGGACCCCCGAGGAAGGUAUUACUAUGUGGACCACAACACCAGGACCACUACCUGGCAGCGUCCAACAGCAGAGUACGUGAGAAACUAUGAACAGUGGCAAUCUCAAAGGAAUCAGCUCCAGGGGGCCAUGCAGCAGUUCAGCCAAAGAUUCCUCUACCAGUCUUCUGGUGCCUCAUCUGACCAUGAUCCACUCGGUCCCCUUCCUCCUGGCUGGGAAAAGAGACAGGACAAUGGACGUGUGUAUUAUGUUAAUCACAACACACGCACCACCCAGUGGGAGGACCCUCGUACCCAAGGGAUGAUCCAGGAGCCUGCCCUGCCCCCAGGCUGGGAGAUGAAAUACACCAGUGAGGGGGUACGCUAUUUUGUGGACCACAACACACGCACCACAACUUUUAAGGACCCACGUCCUGGAUUUGAGUCAGGGAACAAGCAAGGUGGUUCUCCUGGUGCCUAUGAUCGAAGCUUUCGUUGGAAGUAUCACCAGUUCCGUUUUCUCUGCCAUUCAAAUGCCCUACCCAGUCACGUGAAGAUCAGUGUGUCCAGGCAGACGCUUUUUGAGGAUUCUUUCCAACAGAUCAUGAACAUGAAGCCAUACGACCUACGUCGCAGACUGUACAUCAUCAUGCGUGGUGAGGAGGGCCUGGACUAUGGAGGUAUCGCCAGAGAGUGGUUCUUCCUCCUGUCUCACGAGGUGCUCAACCCCAUGUAUUGUUUGUUUGAAUAUGCUGGGAAGAACAACUACUGUCUUCAAAUCAACCCGGCCUCCUCCAUCAACCCAGACCACCUCACCUACUUCCGCUUCAUCGGCAGGUUUAUAGCAAUGGCCCUCUAUCAUGGGAAGUUCAUCGACACUGGCUUCACCCUCCCCUUCUACAAGCGCAUGCUAAACAAGAGACCGACACUGAAGGACCUAGAAUCCAUUGACCCUGAAUUCUACAACUCCAUUGUUUGGAUCAAAGAAAACAACCUGGAGGAGUGUGGGCUGGAGCUCUAUUUCAUCCAGGACAUGGAGAUCCUGGGUAAGGUGACAACCCAUGAGCUGAAGGAAGGAGGCGAGAGCAUCCGAGUCACAGAGGAGAACAAAGAAGAAUACAUCAUGCUGCUGACAGACUGGAGGUUCACCCGAGGUGUGGAAGAGCAGACCAAAGCAUUCCUCGAUGGCUUCAAUGAAGUGGCCCCAUUGGAAUGGCUCCGUUAUUUUGACGAGAAGGAGCUGGAGUUGAUGCUGUGUGGUAUGCAGGAGAUUGAUAUGCCCGACUGGCAGAAGAACACCAUCUAUCGGCACUAUACCAAAAAUAGCAGGCCCAUCCAGUGGUUCUGGCAGGUGGUGAAGGAGAUGGACAAUGAGAAAAGGAUCCGCCUGCUGCAGUUUGUCACUGGCACCUGCCGCCUGCCCGUGGGAGGAUUUGCAGAACUCAUUGGCAGCAAUGGACCCCAGAAGUUCUGCAUUGACAAGGUUGGCAAGGAGACCUGGUUGCCUCGGAGCCAUACCUGCUUCAACCGUCUGGAUCUUCCUCCCUACAAGAGCUAUGAACAGCUGAAGGAGAAGCUACUGUACGCCAUUGAGGAGACAGAGGGUUUCGGACAAGAGUGAUGCCCAGCCCCCUCUCAAGUCGCCUGCUGUGGCAGGCCGGUCACUAAGUCCUGUCCAUGCCAGGUGGCAGCAGGACAUGUGACCCUCUGGAGGUCCCCAGCGGCUGGUGUGGUGGGGGUCUCUAACUCUCCUCCCAUUGGCAUAUUCUCCCAGGCCCUAGUGCCCAUGAGCUCCUGUCCCCCAUGCUUGGCAGCCAGCUGGUGGGAGACUGGAAUGGAGCCUGGGACGACCCAUCACCCCUCUUCUCACAGUAUGUGUGAGUGUGCGUGUGUGUGUGCCCUGUAGCAGAGACCGGGGGCCAGAAUCUCCUCGGUAAAGGUGUCCCCAUCUUUCCAGUGCUGGAGCAUCACAUUUGUGAGCAGGGGCAGAAGGAACCCCUGUUCUCAUUGGACCAAGCGAAUGCCCAGAAGAAGGGACGAUGAGAGGCAAAGGAUAGAUGAGCUUCUUGGGGGAGGUUUCCGUCUCCUACCCCAAUAGGAGAUGUCUUGGUGUUUGAAAUAGAAGUUUUGCAUUUUUUAGUGAUUCGUUUAAAUUGAAUGUGAGAGUGAGGGAUUGGGGUGCAGCCCUCCCCCUCUGUAUGAGCCCAGCCAGGGCUUGGGCAUGAGUGCCACAGGCCCCUGUGGUGGAGGAGGGGAUGAGGCUCUGGCCGUGGUCAUUUUAGAGGAGCAUAUCAUGGGUUUUUGUUUGUUCCUUUUGGGGCGAUUCUGCCGUCGCUCCUUGGAGCCCUAGCCCUGGGUUUGAUUGGGACCUUUGGAGAACCAGGCCCCAAGGCCAUAAGGGUUCUCCCCUCUUCCCCCUCAGGAACAUAGUUCAAGGCCCUCCAAGUCUAGUGUGGCCUUCAGAGGAUCGCCUAGGCUUGGGUGGGAUGGACAUUUUCCUCAAGGUGGGGGUUCAAUGCAGAAACGAGUUCUCUGGAAGCUCCUCUGGAGCAGGGCCCCACUUGGCAGGAGAGCUGGCCGCUGGCCAGAGCAGGGGCUUCUGUGGGUGAACCCUGACUCAGACUCCUGGUCCUCAGGGACGGGGUCCCUUCCUCUUCCCACCACCAGUAGGUGCUCUCCAGCGUUCCCCAUGGCCGCCUGUUUUGGAGCUGGGUGGCGAGAGUGUCUUCAUUCUGCCCCUGGGCCCACUGGAAAGGAAGAUGGGCAGCGGUGCCUUUUACCCCCAGGGCCUGGCCCCGCCUUCAGGCUCCCAGCACUCAAGGACUCUGCUUCUCCUGUUGUUCCCUGUAUCUGAACAUCCUGCUUUACUUAAGGAGCCCUCAGAUGCCUCCUCCGUCUCCUCCUUACCCAUCCCAACCCAUGCCAUAGGGUUCUAGCUUUAAAGUAGGGUUCUUCGGCAGCUGCUUCCCGGCUGGUUCCUCUCCUCGGGGACUGGAGCCUGGCAGCUCCACGCUGAUCUGUGUCGUGUCGUCCUCUGAGUGCUGCCUGGCUCAGGGUGGGGGCACCAGUCUCUGUUUGCUCAGUUUGCUGUGUUGUACUGCAACCCCUUUGAUCCUGCAGGCUGCUGUGGCUGGACCUUUCUGCCCUGGCCACAAGGCAUCAGUUCUAGGUGUGUGUAUGUGUGUGUGUGUGUGUGUGUGUGUGUGUGCACUUGUAUGCGUGUACAUAUGUGUACAUAAAUGAAGUGUCUGU